AUGCAGAUCUUCGUCAAGACUCUCACCGGAAAGACCAUCACCCUUGAGGUCGAAUCCAGCGAUACCAUUGACAACGUCAAGUCCAAGAUUCAGGACAAGGAAGGAAUUCCUCCUGACCAGCAGCGUCUUAUCUUCGCUGGAAAGCAACUUGAAGACGGCCGCACCCUGAGCGACUACAACAUCCAGAAAGAGUCCACCCUCCAUCUUGUCCUCCGUCUCCGUGGCGGUAUGCAAAUUUUCGUCAAGACCCUCACCGGCAAGACCAUCACCCUCGAGGUUGAAUCGUCUGAUACCAUCGACAAUGUAAAGAGCAAGAUUCAGGAUAAGGAAGGAAUUCCUCCCGACCAGCAACGCUUGAUCUUUGCAGGCAAGCAACUUGAAGAUGGUCGUACCCUCUCAGACUACAACAUUCAGAAGGAAUCGACCCUUCACCUUGUCCUCCGUCUUCGAGGCGGUAUGCAAAUCUUUGUCAAGACGCUGACAGGAAAAACCAUCACACUCGAAGUCGAAUCAUCUGACACCAUUGACAACGUGAAGAGCAAGAUUCAAGACAAGGAGGGUAUCCCACCGGACCAGCAACGCUUGAUCUUCGCAGGGAAGCAAUUAGAAGACGGUCGAACUCUUUCAGACUACAACAUCCAGAAGGAAUCCACUCUCCAUCUCGUCCUGAGAUUAAGAGGAGGUAUGCAGAUCUUUGUCAAGACAUUAACUGGAAAGACGAUUACACUGGAAGUUGAGUCAUCGGAUACCAUCGACAACGUCAAGAGCAAAAUCCAAGACAAGGAGGGCAUCCCACCUGACCAACAGCGAUUGAUCUUUGCAGGCAAACAGUUGGAGGAUGGUCGCACGCUCUCUGACUACAACAUCCAGAAGGAAAGCACUCUACACUUGGUGCUGAGACUUCGUGGCGGUCAGUAG